ACAAUGUUUGUGAUUUUGUUAGAUGAAGAAAAAAACCAAAGCCGCAAUUCUUGCCUCAGUUGCAUCUGUCCUCCUUGUGGGGGUUGCAUUGUUAAAGAAAUUACGACGUAGACGUAGAGAACUGCCUAGGGCGCCUUAUGUUAACCAUGCCGCCGAGAGAGAGGAAUACAUAAAUAGUGUUUUGCAUGGAAGUGAGAGACAUUGUGUGAAUCAACUUAGGAUGAAGCCUAUAGCUUUCCACCACUUAUGUCACACCCUCACUGAGGGGGAGCACGUACGUCCGACUGUUCACAUGUCUGUUACGGAGCAAGUGUUCAUUUUCUUGCACAUUAUUGGUCAUAAUGUGAGGUUUCGUGUAAUGGGUAGUCGGAUCUAUAGAUCAACUGAGACUGUUCAUAGAUACUUCAAGAUUGUCCUUAGGGGGGUCCUGAAAUUAUAUAGAGCUCUAAUAAGACUGCGUAGCGAAGAUACACCUCCAGAGAUAAGGAAUAGCAGAAGGUUUUACCCAUAUUUUAAGGAUUGUGUUGGAGCAAUAGAUGGUACACAUGUUCGUGCAUCUGUGCCACCUGAAAUACAAGGAAGAUUUCGUGGUCGCAAAGAUGGAACCACGCAAAAUGUGUUAGCUGCCAUUAGUUUUGACUUAAAGUUCACUUAUGUGUUGGCUGGAUGGGAAGGCAGUGCACAUGAUUCACGUGUAUUAAAUGAUGCAUUUGCUAGGACAGGGGGAUUUUCAAUUCCCAAUGGUAAAUUUUAUCUUGGUGAUGCUGGGUAUGGUAAUAAAAAUGGAAUAUUGUCACCGUAUCGGAGUGUACGAUAUCACUUGAAAGAGUUUAGUGAUCGUCCUCCUGAGAAUGCGCAAGAAUUGUUCAACCUCCGACACUCUUCAUUGAGAACUACCAUUGAGCGAGGGUUUGGAGUGGUGAAAAAACGUUUUCGAGUGUUGGAUGCAGAACCAUAUUGGUCUUUCCCAACCCAAGUGAAAGUAGUGUUAGCGUGUUGUGUGGUUCAUAAUCACAUUAUGGGGGUUGAACCAAAUGACCAUAUUAUGGAAGAUGCAAUGAACCAAGUAGAGCUUAGUGACCACCAACAAGAAACACAAUCCCAUCGGGAGUCCGUCGAAGAUAGUAGAUCAUGGAAUGCUAAGAGAGAUGAGAUAUGCCAAGCCAUGUGGUCUGAUUAUAUCAGGAGUGGAGAGUAGUAUUUUAUUUAGAUUUCUAUGAUUGUAAUGUGUUUUUCCUUUUUGUUUUUUUGUAAAGACAAUGUAUGUAAUAUAGACUUUUGGUGAUGUAAUGAAAAAGAAUUUUUAGCAUUACAUUGUUAUUUGAUGGUAUUACAUUGUCAUUUCCAUAGUUAGCAUGUUCCAUUCUGUUGUACACAUUCAUAAGCGUGGUUGUAUGUGUGUUUGAUUUGUUAUUCAUGU